AUGCGUUCAUUUUUACUGAGCGUGCUAUACGCUCUCCUGCUGCUGGGCACAAUGUCCUCGGCGUGGUCAUUCGGGUCAUUCGGCGGGUUUUUGGGCGGGGGUGAGUCGCUGGGAAAGCGAGCAGAUGCGUCCGCUGGAUCCACAGCGCAGACUUCCACAGCCUCCCAGACCAGCGCGAACACCAAUACCAACACCAACACUAAUACAAACACCAAUACCAACACCAAUACCAAUACCAACACCGCGAGCGACUCCACGUCCACCAACACGAAAACAGACACAUCCACCAAGUCCAAGACGACAACCACCUCGGUCUCGAUCAACCCCGCCGCAGCCGCAGGAGGCGUCUCGAUGAUCACGCCAGCAUCCUCGUCGUCAACUUACUACCGUAUCGGCCAGAACGUCACCUUCGUGUGGAACUACACCUCGCUCUCCGUGACCCCGUCCUACGUCAACGUCGUCGCAUCGUGCAGUCUGAACAGCGAGACCUACACCAUCUCCUCGAACAUGAGCGUCAAGCCUACGGGUUCCGUGGUCUGGGAUACCGAUGCCUCCAUGACCGUCCCGCUGUUGACGGCCACAUACACGCUAUACGUCUAUGAUGCCAGCAAGUCGCUGGGGGAUAUUCCUAGCGCUGGCCAUCUGAGCUCCCUGAUUGGAUAUGACUUUGGGAUGUACAUCAAUCUGGCAUAUACACCUCUUAAUGAAUUCAGAUGCGCCACCUGCAACGGAGCCCUCUCGGACAUCCAACGCAUGGGCCUCAAGUUCGCCUUCGGUAUGGCUGCUAUAACCGUUGCGUCGUUCACAUGGUUCGCAGGCGGGUUUGGAGCAUUCGCUACCUGA